AAAACUCGAAAGUUGAAAACUUGAAGGAGUGGGGGGGGGGGGGGGGGGGGGGGGGGGGAGGCAACCAAGGUGGAGGGAUUGGAUGAAAAUAGUGUUGGGUUGGUGUUUGUUUGUUUGGAGUGGGGUAGCACUACAAGAACAGCGGCAACGCAGUGAUGAGAUCACAAAGAUCUUUAAUCACCUUUCUGACCAAACACUGUCACCCUUACCACUGGCAUCAAUAGGACUCCUCUCCCCAUAGGCUCAGACAUUAUUCCUCUUCCCUAUAGCCCUUUGUAUUUACUGUUCCACCACCACCACCACCUGCACCCCGCCUCUCUUUCUCUCCGCCCGUGAAGCACGAGGAAAUUGCAGUGAUUUCCUAAAACCCCUUUUGGGUUUGGGGGGUUUUAGUUGCUUGUUCUUGCUAGUGGGUAUAUAUCGUCCGUAUCACUUCUUGGUUAGGCUAGAUACCACUAGAAAGAGAAGCCACUCAAGCAGCCAUCAAAAAGGCAACCGACUAUAGAGAGAGAGAGAGAGAGAGAGAGAGAGAGAGAGAGAGAGUGAUGGGUUAGACUUUGAUUCACAAGAGAGGGAGGGCUUUAAAUAUCGGGUGUAGUUGGUUGUGAUGUUUAGAGGAGCAUAGGCAGGGAAGGGUGCUUAUAGGGUGAUGGGAUUGGAAGGGUUGGAUGGCAGGGCCCUUUGGGAGAGGCAGCUGCAGCAGUAUCAGGUUUCAGAGCGGUGGCAGUUGCAGAAGAAGCAGGACAAGAAGCAAGAAAAGGAUCAGAGCAGGAAGCAAGAGGAGAGCCAGAAGAGAAGUAGCUCCCACUAGGGAAAAGUGUUACACUCCAUCAAAAGCUGGAAGGGGACAAGCACAAGGGUCUGAGUCUGGAUCCUCGGAAGAUCAGUCAUCAUCAUCAUCUUCACCAGAACCCACUUCUAAAUUCAAGACAUGUAGCAGAAGAAGAAGGGGAAGAAGAAGACGACCGAGAUCAAUCUCAACCAAUUUUCCAUCCCAACUACCAGUAUCUUCAGAAUCUGCAACACCAAAACUUGUACGGAAGAUUAGACCCUCAACCCCCACCUGCACAACCCCCAAAAAAGCGUUCUUACUUCCCAUCCCCUUCGUCAUCUUCUCCUCCAACACUCACCGGGCAGAGCUUCGAACAUGCCAGCUUGCGAGAGAGAAUGGGAGAUAGCCGCCACCACCACCACCACCAAGCAUCUUCAAGACUUGGGUUGAAGAGCGCCGGCGGCGAGAUCGUGGAGGUUCAGGGCGGCCACAUUGUGCGCUCCACCGGAAGAAAAGACCGGCACAGCAAGGUUUGCACCGCCAAAGGCCCUCGCGACCGCCGCGUGCGGCUGUCAGCGAGCACUGCAAUUCAGUUCUACGAUGUGCAGGACCGCCUCGGCUACGACCGCCCCAGCAAAGCCGUGGAUUGGCUCAUCAAGAAGGCCAAGCCCGCCAUUGACGAGCUCGCCGAGCUUCCCGCUUGGAACCCAAUUGCUGCUAGAGAAGCCGCUGCCAAUACCCAACAAGAAUCCCAACAUAACCAUGACCAAAGAGAAAAUCAGAGCCAGCUUCGUGAUGCCGUCGCUGAGGGUUCGAGCAGGCGAGUAACGGGAGCGAGCGACGAAGACGGCGGCGGUGCUUUUGGGUGUAAUAUUCAGAAUCAGCAGCAACAGUUGAUGGGCAAUUUGAACAAUGCUCCGAGCUUUCUCCCUCCUUCUCUAGAUUCCGAUGCUAUCGCCGACACUAUCAAAUCGUUCUUCCCGAUGGGCGCUUCGGCUGCCGAGACUUCUUCUUCGUGUUCCAUGUCGAUGCAGUUUCAGAACUACGCACCGGAUCUGCUCUCUAGGACAAGCAGCCACAGCCAAGAUCUGAGGCUCUCGCUGCAGUCCUUCGCCGACCCAAUUCUUCUCCACCAUCAGUCUCACCAUCACCAGAGCCAGAAUCAGCAAACCCUCUUCUCUGGAGCAACCUCAACCCCACUGGGGUUCGAUGCCCCUUCUGCCGGCUCCGGGUGGUCCGAGAACCAUUCGCCGGAGAUGGGCCGGUUCCAGAGAUUGGUGGGUUGGAAUGCCGGGACCAGUGGCGAGGGUGGUGGUGGUGGAGUAGGAUUUAUCUUCAACUCGCCACCGCCGCCUCCACAGCCGCCGCCUCCGCUGCAGCCGCUGUUCGGCCAUGGCCAGUUUUUUUCUCAGAGGGGACCCCUUCAGUCCAGUAACACGCCUUCGGUUCGUGCUUGGAUAGACCCGGCGAUAGCCGCCGCUGCGGCUGCAGAUCAUCACUAUCACCAAACAUCGCCGGCGAUCAAUGCUUCCCUUAUCUCCGGCAUUGGUUAUGCCUCCGACAGAUUUUCCGGGUUUCAAAUUCCAGCACGAAUCCAGGGUGAGGAGGAGCACGACGGCAUUCCCGAUAAGCCGUCCUCUGCAUCCUCCGAUUCUCGCCAUUGAGUAAACCAACGAUCCGAAAUACUCCCUCCAGCAGGACUAACUAUACCCAGCUUCCAUGAGGUGACUGAGAAAUAGCCGUUACACAAGACUUGAAACCAGCGGGGAGGAGAGAUUUUGGUCACUUCAAGCCAAUGGCCUAUGCCGUGGGAAGAAGAAAAUCUGAGUGCAUUUCAGGUUUUCAGGUCCCCGGUUUGCUUUAGUAGAUUCUGUUCUACACUUGGUCUGUUGUUUGAGACUUGAGUGAGCUCUGGGAGCUCAACUUUGCUUUAUGUUUAUUGAAUUGCUUUGUGUGUUUAUGCUUCAGACUAUGUUAUUAUUGUUGGAUUACCUUCAUUUCUGGAUUUGCGAAUGAAAAAUUGUCUUUGUUUCUUUGAUGAGAAAA